AUGGCUACUCAAAUUUUGUUGGAUAGUACUCAUUUUAACGAGAUUCGUAACGCUAUUCGUUCACGUUCUGUUGCAUGGGAUGCUAUUGCAAGAUCCUCUGAAAUAGAUGCUAAUGAUGUCAAUGUAGCCAAAAAGUUGGAGAGCAUAUUGAUACAUAAGUCUGCUGGAUCAGAUAUCACACCUACCCAUAUCGAUGGUGAUAUUAUCAAACCUUUGAUUCAUUUUUUGAAAACAUCUACAAAUGAAGAAUCAAGAAAAUAUGUUACAAACCUUUUAGCAGAAUUGCUAUCUUCGGAUAUGUACUCUGAACCUACAAUUGAAUAUUUCAGAACUGAACCAGAACAGUUAGAUGAAUUGUAUGAUUGUUCUUUCAAUACUACUGAUGCUCAAACUAAUCUGAUUUCCUCAUUUAACAUUGUUUCAUUAUUGAUCCAACAAGGUUUAAUCAAUGUUGGACUAGUGAAAAAAUUAUUAACUAACGAUUUGUAUUUAGAUAUAUUGAGGAAUUUAGAACAAAUGGAUGCAUGUUAUGUAUGCAUUAGAUUAUUACAAGAACUAGCAAGUAAAAAAGAAUAUCGUAUGACCAUUUGGAGAAAUAAUGGUGGAUUUAUUCACAUUGUCUUUGAUAUUAUCAGUAGAGCCAUACAACCAAAUUCCACUACAAAAAUAGUCGCCACAAACUCAAAUAACCUUGGUAUCCAAUUACAAUAUUAUUCAUUAUUAUUGCUUUGGUUAUUAGCCUUUGAUACUCAAAUUGCAUUUGAACUACCACAUCAAUACCUACAAGAUUUCCUAAAUCUUUUGAAGCUAGUUAAAAUUACAAUUAAGGAAAAAAUUGCAAGAUUAUGUUUUGCAAUUAUUCUGCAAUGUUGUUCUAAAGAUGUUAAGGGAUAUAAACAGUUGAUCAAGAAUUUAUUAUUACUAGGAAAUACUUUACCAAUAUUACAAUCUCUAAGUGAAAGAAAAUAUUCAGAUGAGGAACUUCGUGAAGAUAUGACAACUCUAAAAGAACUACUCGACAAUGAAUACAAAGAAUUGACAUCAUUUGAUGAAUACUUGGCUGAAUUAGAUUCUAAAUUAUUAUGUUGGUCACCACCACAUAUCGAUAAUGGAUUUUGGUCCGAUAACAUAGACAAUUUUAAAAAUGACAAUUGGAAAUUAUUCAAGCAAUUGGCAAACUUAUUAAAAGAAGUUUCUAAUGAAAAAGAUUUAAAAAAUAUUACAAACAAGCAGAAAAAAAUUAUUAUCGAAGUUGCAUUAAGUGACAUUACUCAUGUAGUUGAUUUAUUACCAGAAAGUGUCAACAUUUUAACGGAAUUAAACUGUAAAGUUGUGAUCAUGCAACUAUUGAACUAUCCGGAUUCAAGAGUCAAGUAUGAAGCUUUAAAAGCAACACAGGCUAUAAUUGGUUACAAUUAUAAAAACUGA